AAACGUUUAUUAUUAUGUGUUUUCUACUAAUAAAGAAAGAGUUAAUAAAUAUUGGCACCCCAAAACACACACCAGGAAUAAAACUUCAUGCCAGCAGUCCACUACAGGGGCACCAGAAGAACAUUUAAACAAAGAACAAAAUUCAUGUUUUCCAAAAAAAGGUGAUUUCUGGAGAUGAACCAGAUCACUUCAAGGCUGAUUGACAAAACUGCUUUUAAACUGAAAUGAUUAUAUAAAUAAAUCCUUUUUUAUUUUAUCAGUAUCAGUAUAUUGUUUGGUUUCUGCAACAUUUUUAGCCCAACUAGUGGAGAACAUCUUUGAAGAUUUUUACAAAGUAUUUUAGCUUCGUUUGGAUAAACGAACUGUUUGGAUGCCGGAGUGUGUAAAGCUGUUCUUCAUGCUAAGGAAGGAUUUUUCACUGAAAAUAAAAUAAAGUCUGGGCAUUUCUAAAUUUUAUUUGGUCAGAGUGAAUCUUCAGAACAUUACAGUUUGUUAUAUAGAAAUAAAGGAAUCUGCAUGUGUCUUUUAAGCACCAUAACACUCAGUAUUUAUACACUUUUCACACACAUUGUAGGUCUUUGUACUUUAUAUAUUUAAAUUGACAAUAAAGUGACUUGAAAAACAUUUACAGGAAAGUGUUGGGGUUUUCCCAUUAUAAUAACUGAGCUGCAAUACCCGCACUUCUCCAUCAGUAGGCGCUGUAAACAUAAUCUCUACUGUAAACACAGCAGAGAAGAAGACAAGCUGCAGCUUUCUGUUUAUUAUCAUUAUGUUAUAUAUAUUUGCUGUCUGAUCUUAAUGCUGUUUGACUGAAACUACUUAUAUUAUAUCCAAUCUUGGUUUUGUCGGUGUUGAAGGAUUUUCAGUACAUUAUUGAUAUAAAACCGAGCUAUAACAGCUUCAACUCUUCUGGGAAGACUUUCCACAAGGCUUAGGAGUGUGAGGUCAGACACUGAUGUUGGACGAGAAGAUUAUUGGUUUGAAGGUCGAUGAUGGAAUCAGCAGAGGCACAACUGGGCUGCAGAAAUCCUCCACACACUCCUGUUUACACACAGCUUUUGGAAGAUGUGCAGACAGAAACCUGUGGAGAAACAUCAGGCUCUGAGGGACACCACAGCCCCGUAGACAAUCAGAAACGCAUAAAAAAAGAAGAAUAUGAUGAUGAGGACUUUCUCUGUGGAUGGAGCUCUGUGGGGGACGUUACACUUAGGGACAUACAGGAACAUGUAAUAAAGGAAGAAGCAGACGAUGAAGACUACCACUGUGAAGGAACAUCUGUGGGCCAAAUCAACCCUGCGGAGGACCUGCAUGGUGGGAAUAAGGAUAUAAAAGAUGAAGACACACAUGAAGAAGGCUACAUAUGUACUGCAACAGUCUGUGAAAUGAACCCUUCCCAGUUACAAGACUUCUCCUGCUCCUGGUGUUCACUUCCCUGCCCAUCUGAACUUUCCCUCCGGAAGCACAUCAGAAGAUUGCACUAUAAAGAACAUCAGCGGAAAUAUGAGAACCUGAAGACUAAGACCUCUGAUGAAGAAGUGCAGAAAGACAUCUUUCCCUGUUCUGUGUGUGGGAAGAGUUUUUCCCAGCAGAGUAACCUACACCGACACCUUCGUGUUCACACUGGAGAAAAACCCCAUAGCUGCUCAGAGUGUGGAAAAGCCUUUGCCCACAAGUGCAACCUGCAGAGACACGAGCGCCUUCACGGCGGAGGACCGAAGUACGAGUGCUUGGAGUGCGGGAAGAGUUUCGCCCAGCCAAGUUACCUCCAGCAGCACCAGGUCAUCCACAGAGGAGAGAAACCGUAUCGGUGCUCAGAGUGCGGCAAGAGCUUCAUCCGCCAGAGCGAUCUCCAGCAGCACCGAGUCGUCCACACGGGAGAAAAGCCACACCGCUGCUUGGACUGCGGCAAAAGUUUUAUACGCCAGAGCAAUCUCAUCCGGCAUCGACGCGUUCACACGGGGGAGAAACCCUAUUACUGCUCCGAGUGUGGAAAAACCUUCGCUCAGCAAAGUUAUCUCCAGCAGCACCAGCGUGUCCACACCGGAGAGAAGCCGUAUCGGUGCUCCGAGUGUGGCAAGAGUUUUAUCCGCCACAGUAACCUCCAGGAUCAUCUUCUGGUUCACACUAUGGUGAAGCCAUAUCGCUGCUCACAGUGUGGGAAGAGCUUUACCCGGCAGAAUGAACUCCAGACACACCAGCGCAUACACACCGGAGAGAAACCCUAUCAUUGCUCCGAGUGCGGCAAGAGUUUCAGAGGCAAGAGGCAUCUCCGAGCACACCAGGUCAUCCACACGGCCGAGAAGACCUAUUACUGCUCAUUGUGUAGGAAGAGCUUUCAUCAGCAUACUGGUCUCCAAAACCACCUCUGCCUGCACACAGGAGACACGCCGUACCACUGCUUCACUCUGUGGGAUGAGUUUUAUCCCACAGAGCGCUCUUAAAAAACUGACCUUACAUCAUACUUGUCAUACCUUUCAUUAUUAUUAUGAACAUUUUAAAACAGUUAUAAUUUUUUGAUAUUUUAAUAUAUUUGAGAUAAGUGUACUUACAUUCAGCUUCUGUUCCAUGAAUUUGGAAAUCCAAAUGAUCAUACUUGCACGAUUUUUUUUUUUUUUAAGUGUGUAGUUAUACAAUUACUGUAAAUAUGUAUAUAAAUGUAUAUAUGUAUAUUUAUAUAUCUAUAAAUAUCUAUAUCUAUA